GAGCAUCACCUGCGGGUGGGAAUUGGUUGCGACUCGGGGCAGGUCGGCAGAAAAGUGACCCUGGGAAAAAUAAGUGGGGGGGUUUUGGGUGAGAAAUGGGUUGUGAUUGGGUGGACGUGGGUGGUGCACGGUUCACAUUUUUUGAGGACGUUGACAAGAAGGCAGCUUGUUGCGUUUCUCAAAUCCCCAUUUCAACUCUCACGCGACUUGUCAUAAUAUUUAUCAUCUCUUUCAGCGCAACGGGAAACACUGCGCUUGCCGAUUCCAUUGACCAAGCUGGGACUCUGGGUUGAUAUUCUCCCAAAGACCCGCUUUUGUGAUUUUCGCCGAGAAAGAAUCACAACAACAAAACAACAACCACCUCAGUCGUCGCAGCGAUGACCGACCGACUCCCGCCCAAUUUGCUGGCGCUCUUCACGCCGCGCCCACCUCUGCGAUGGGUGCCGCCCUGCGAUAAGGCCCCCGAGCAGCGAAAGACAGCGACAAUCUCUGGUGUUGCCGACUUUCUCCCAGCCAUGGAGGAAUACAAGGAGAUCCCAUACACCCCGACCGAAAGCUGGCUCGAGGCGCGCGACCGCAAGCAACGCGAGAAGAAGGAAGCUCUCGAGAAGCUCCUGACCGAGGGUCCCCUCAACUACAAGCCAAACGAGGACCCCAACAUCCGUGGCGAUGCCUUCAAGACGCUGAUUGUGGCGCGUCUUGACUACAAUGCCGAUGAAAAGGACCUUGAGCGCGAGUUUGGCCGCUUUGGCCCCAUUGAGCGUAUCCGCAUCGUCCGCGACACCCAUGCCCAUGAGAAGCCCAACAAGAAGCCAAAGCCGCACCGCGGCUACGCGUUUGUUGUGUACGAGCGAGAGAAAGACAUGAGAGCUGCUUUAGAUCAGUGUGAUGGCCUCCGAAUUAGAGACCGCCGUGUCAAGGUUGAUGUGGAGAGAGGUCGCACAGUCAAGGGUUGGAAGCCUCGCCGUCUCGGUGGUGGGCUGGGUGGCAGAGGCUAUACUAAGGCUGCGAUGCCUAGACCGAUGGGUCCCAGCGGGUUUGGUGGUGGUGGUUUUCGCGGCGGCUUCGGCGGUGGUUUUAGGGGAGGGCGUGACCGUGGAUUCAGAGGCGGUCCUGUUGGGUUCGGCGGUGGUGAUCGUGGUUUCCGCGGAGGUGGUUUUGGCGGUGGUCGUGCUGGAGGUGGUGACCGCGGCUUUGGUGGUGGUGAUCGCGGUUUUGGCGGUCCCCCCAACGCGCCUAGCGGACCCGGUGGAGGAUUUGGUGGUCGUGACAAUCGCGAUGGUCGUCGUGAUGUGCCUGGUGGUGGUGGUGGUGGUAGUGGUGGGUAUGGAGGUCGCGAUGGCGGCUCACGCUCAUAUGAUGACAGAUCUGGCGGCGGUUUCCGCGAUCGCAACCCUCGCCAAUCCGGAAGCAACAUGGAGCCUGUUCGACCUCGCGGAGACCAUGGUGGGUACAAUGGUGGCAGCGGUGGCCGCGAUUACGACAGACCGAGAGAUCACGACGAGUCCCGGAAGCGUGCGUACGAAGGCGGUGGCUACGAGGAUCCCAGAAAACUUCGCCGGUACUAGAAGGAAGACGACGAUGAGGACCGAAAGCCGCCGCGUGAGAGCAAUUCAUCUGCUCAUCGGGAUCAGCCCAAUCUUGCCUAUCGCCCGCAAGCUCGCCCCCAUGAACCCUACAUCAAGCGUGAGCCUGAGACUCCCAGAAAGCUGCGCCGCUACUCUUAGCUCUUGACAAGACUUGAUGUCUUGUGGUGGGUAUUACGAUACUUUCACAUCUUCCCUCUCUCGCAUCCCCCUUCCCUCGACAACGGGGUAAGCCGCCAGUAUAUCUCACAGGAAACAAGCUCAGCCCCCAUGGAUCUGCCUGCAAGGCCACCAAGACGGGUAGGGGUUUGUGUAUCGACCAUUGUAAUAUUGUCACCCACACUCUCGGUCAAAGUCAGGGUUCGCUUUCUAUCGGAAGUUAUUGUCUAUGUUUUGACUGAUCUUUCUGGGCAUCGUCUUACCAACAGCAAGCUUUGUCCACAGUCUUGCAUUUGUCAGCCUCAGUGGACAGUCAUCAAGCUAUCACCAUGUUUCUUUGCAGAAAGCAUCCAACUCAACCCACGAACCACACCAAGGUACAGCGAAUUCUGACCUUUUCUUUCUGUUGUAUUUAUUUGUGUUAUUUUUUUGUUCACCUCUCGGAGCAUAUCAUAUGCUCUUAUCAUGGGAAAGAAGAGAACAAGCGAGGAUUGGGAACGGACCGGGGAAAAUAAUAACGGGAGGGGAGAUAUGGUUCCCAGUAAUCGCCAGGCUUGAUCCUCCACGAAUUAGCCAUGUCACUCCAUACCCAAUGCCGGCAAAGCAUUUGGAAUAGAUGGUUGGGAUUAGAUAGGUAAAGUCGGGAGGUAAGGAAAUCACUGUUUUUCCUCUGCUUUUACGGCCUGAUUAUGCAUGGCAGGAUGUCAUGAUAGGAUAUGUGUAAGUAGCCAAACCAGAAGCUGGUAGGUAGCCGUUUGUUAAAGAGACUAGUGCCAGAACUGCCAGUGAUGUA